GACAUUGACAGCUAGUCCUUCAUUCAUUGCUCUUUCUCUUUUCUGCAAAAUGCGUAAAUAUUAUGUUACGUUGAUAUUAUUUUCAUAUUAUCCAUAAUUUAAUCGUGACUUUAAAUUAAUAACAUUGAUAUUCAGUUGUGAUUGCAUUACAAUGGCUGAGAAUCCUAGUAGCGAUGGUCUCUCGGAAGCUGAAAGAUUAAGAGAAGACGAAUUAGCUCAGGAAUUGGAACACAGCGAUUCCAAUGAAGACGAUUCACAAGAGAUAUCAUUAGAAAUCGAAGAAAAGUUGUUGAAAGAUGAACCAGAAUAUACAACACUUGUGAACUAUGGAGAGAGUACACAAAACCCUAACUUGGAGAGUGAGGUAAUAGAAACCUAUUCUGACAGUUCCCAGAAUGUGGAGACUAUACACAGAGCUGACGAGUUAGGCAACAUUUACACUGAGAACUCUGACACAUUUGUUGGUUCACAACCAGACACUCUCACUGAUCAAUAUGAGCCAUAUAUCAAUGAAUACUCAUUUGAUCACUCAAACUUAGAUCAGCAGCAAGUGGAUAUGAUUGAUGAAAAAUAUGAAAAAUUGGAUGAAGACAACAAGGACAAUACUAUUGUGCCAAAUAUUAAUGAGUUCCAACAAAGUGAACCGGUAGAGUAUGAAUCUCAGAUAACAGAAGAAAUGCUGAUCAAUGAGCGGGAAAGAGAAAAGAAGAGUAAGAAGGAAUUGGAAGAGGAGGAACGUGAAAAGAUGCAAGUUCUAGUAUCAAACUUCACUGAAGAGCAGUUGGACAGGUAUGAGAUGUACCGGCGCGCUGCAUUUCCCAAGGCUGCUAUAAAAAGGCUAAUGCAGACGAUCACAGGAUGCUCUGUCGGGCAGAACGUUGUGAUAGCUAUGUCUGGUAUUGCUAAAGUAUUUGUUGGAGAAGUUGUUGAGGAGGCUCUUGAAGUAUUAGAUAAGUCAGGAGAAGCAGGUCCGUUGCAGCCUAAGCACCUACGUGAGGCCCUCCGAAGACUUCGGGUAAGAGGCGCCAUACCAACAAGAAAAGCACAUAAGAGUAUGUUCAGACUUUAGCUACUAAACUCUUAUUAGAUUUGAAUAUAAUUCUCUAACAUUUAAGAACAAAACAAUAAUUAUUUUGUAGUUUGAUUAUGCUGUUGACGUUGUAAAUAAAUUAGUAUUUAAUGUUUAAAAGAAUUGUGUAAAAAUAAUGUAAAGUAUGAUUGCAAAUAAGAUUUACAGUUUUUUGGUGUCAUAAAAAUUUAUAGGUGCAUACCUUCUAAAUGAAACUUUAAAUGAUAUAAUGUCAUUAGUAAUAAUAUGUAUAAUACUAAGUGCCCUUGAAAAGCAAUAAUACCUAAUUGUUAUUAUAAAGACCGAAUUAUAUAAUUUGAGGAGUUAUGAAUACUCACUUGUUCCAAACUCUCAAUAAAAUGAAUGCAGCGUCAAAAGUCUUUAAUAUCGUGUAGAAGGGUUUCACUGUGAUUAUCACAAUAUCAGGUUUUAAAAAAAAAACAACAAAGUAUCAUUAUUAAAAUGUUAAUUUAUUACAUGAUAAAAUCGUUAUUUUUAUUAAAAACAAUAUACAACAGUAACUAAGGAUUAAUCAAGUUCGAAAACUUUGAAAAUAAAAUCAGUCUUGUUAAAAUGGCCAACUAUGUUGUGGACAAGAGACGUUAAUGGAAAUCCUUGGAAGGGUAAUCAAAAUUAUUAAAAAAAUAAAAUGGUAUUCGCUAACAAUAGCAAAUCAAAAAUUAAACAUGUACACAAUAUUCCAUUCAAAACCCAAAUUACGUAAAGAAAUUGGCACUUAAAAGUUAUUUUUGAAAUCAUUCAAAUUAAGAUAUUUUUGAUCUACCCAAUGUUGUUCGUGUAUCACAGAUAUUAAUUACAAUUUCCAAGGUUACCCUGGCCAGUUCAUACAUUUUGACAAAAACAUUGCAACAGAAAUUAAAACUUCGCAAACUAAAUAACAGAUCAUACCAACAGAAUCAGAAUACAGGAUAUUAUAAAUAUUUUAGUUAAUUAUGAAGGCACAAAUUAGUUCAUAAAUUAUAGCAUUUUGGUAACGUUUUGUAAAUAAUAUUACGUUAUUAUUUUAUAGAUACCUUUACACAUUACUUUAAGUUGUCAAUUUAUAUCUAGAUAGUGGUCCAAGAUUCUUGAUUUGUGCAUACAAAUACAGUAGAUUUUACCAAGUAUAAAAAUAUACUUCUCAGUUUUGAGGUAAAUGUAUAACAAAUAAUUAUUAGAUUAACAAACAGAUUCUUUAUUAAAUAACGUAAUGUGUAAUACAA